UUUUUUUUUUUUUUUGUUAUAAGAAGAAGCUUAGGUAAUGGUACCUCCCACAUCAGGGUACAACUAUCAAACAUCAGAUUAAUUCAUUGCCUAACAGUUGCUUUCAAAACAGGUUUAUGCUAAAUAUUUUCGGUGAAAAAAAGCCACAAAGGAAUAGGCCUAGUCAAAUUCAAAUAUAGCUAGCUUGUAUUAACUUAAGCAACAUUUUUCUUUAAAAUAUGGAACGGCUGCGUUAUGAUUAGCCUAUGUAAAAGCCAUUCCGUUCGCAUCAUGGGUAUGUGAAAAACAAGGUAAGUCGACAGCGUCACUAGCUAAAGCAAACCAGUCAUAAAACAGGUUUGUUUACAUUGUCUCCUGCAUGAACAUAUGCGGAUGUCAUUCUAGGAAUUUUACCUAAAUAUUUCGGACAGCCAGUUUUACGCGUUUUCUUCAGUUGCGUUUGCCUUUUAGUCUAGAUAAAAUGUCAGCCUAGGUGUAAAGCAGUUAUCCUUAUAACGACCAACUCCUAUUGUAGGCCUACACAGCCUGCGUUUCGAUGUGGAGUCAUUUUUCCAAAAUAUGUCGGGCAACCAGUUUUACGGGUGUUGUCUUUGACACAGCCUGGGUUUCGACAUCACGGGGGAUAUUUAUAUCUCGGGAUAUGGUGUUCCCCUUGAAAAUCACUUGCCCUUACUCGCACUUCUGCAGCGCACGAUGAAGGCACUGUUAUAGGGCGUCAUUGCCAGUGCAAGUGCUGUUAUUCCAACAUGUCGUACCUCUACGCGGGGGAAUAUAAUUGCUUAGAAACUACGACAGUGACUUGAGGGUAAGUACAGUAUGCUUCUGUCAAUAGUGUGCAAUGUGCUUGCCUUGUAUCAAUUGUCUGCCUGUCAAUUGACCUAUCAGUAUCACACUUCAAUGAUGCUACUCUCUUAUGAACUGCUGUUAAUACAGUAUCUACCCUCAUAACCUACUACUACAGUAUACUGUACUCAGUGACUACUGUAGAGAUAAUGUUUUAUUGUACAGUAGUUAUUCAUGCUCUAGUUUUGAAAAAGUAUGCUAUGUCUACUUUUUCUUAAAAAAUAUCAGCUGUUUAGAUUUCUGUCUGGCAACAAUUUAAGCUAUUCCACAAUAUCCAAUAAUUCCUCAGUCAUUGGCUAUUUCAGACAGAUUCACUAGUGAUCAACUGCCUGACCGGACACUUGAGAAGAGUUUCAUUCGUGGAGGAGGGUUGGGGUUUAGGGCUGUGGGGACAUGUAGGGGGAUCUGCUUGUGUCCCUGUAUUUAGUUACAGACUAUCAGCGAUUUUGACACAAAGUCAGAUGCGGUCAAAGAGUUGUUUACUUGCCAGAAGUAUGAUUGGUCGGCCCACACCUGUUAGCUGAAGGUGAGGUUUGGUUUAUUCAAACGAUUUUCUUAAGGGCACUAGGAAUGUUUCUCACAAUUUUGAGGAAACAACACACUUCUACAUGGACAUGUUAUUCUUAGUAGGGAGUUGAGAACAGAAUUUGAGUUGUUAAUACAGAAACACUUCAAGUAAUUUUGAGGAAUGCAGUUUGCCAUACAGUUUCACUUCCUCCUAAAAUGCCUCUCACCAAAUAAAUCCUUGCAUGAAAUAUGGCCGCUCCAGCUUUAGUAAUGACAGGUGAACAAAAGGUCAGGGUCAUCCACUACACCCCUUCACCAAAGGAUCUGAUGACCACAUGAGUGAUAGUGUGACUGGCCUAUUUGUAAAGCAGUGGGGGGGCACAUGAGAUGUGGCUUUGGCUGACCUAUGGACUGAUCAUGACCUUAACGCGAUAAUGCAACUAAAUCAACAAAUACUAUGCAGUAAUAGGCAAAUACUAAACUGUUGCAAGGCAGCCAGUGGUAAAUACAUGGGUCCUGGUCUGAGGUCAGAUACUGCAGAAGCAGGUGAUGACAUACAGUCAGGUCCAACAUUAUUGGUACCCUUGAUAAAGAUGAGUAAAAAAUACUGUAUAAAAUAACUCAUUCAAAUACUGAGCUAUAUUGUAUGGUCAAAUUGUUAAAGAAAAUAAUAUUUUAUACUAAUACAAUUGCUCAAUGAAAAUAGAUUUUGUUUAACAAGUAAUACAAAUAAUUCUAAAAAAGAUUGGUGUCAACAUUAUUGGCACUCCAUGUUUUCAAUACUCCGGCACCCUCCCCUUGCGAGGAUAACGGCACUGAGGCUUUUUCUAAAAUGUUUUAUGAGAUUGGAGAACACAUUGGGAGGGAUCUUAGACCAUUCCUCCAUACAUAAUCUUUCCAGAUACUUAAUAUCCUUUGGUCUGCGCUUAUGGACUGCCCUCUUAAAUUCAAACCACAGGUUUUCAAUGGGGUUCAAGUCCGGAGACUGAGAUGGCCAUUGCAAAAUGUUGAAAUGGUAAAAUGUCCUGGUACUUGGAAGAGUUCAUGAUGCUGAUGACCUUUAUCAAGGGCCCCAGGACCAGUGAAAGCAAUACAGCCCCAUAACAUCAAAGAUCCACCACCAUAUUUUACAGUAGGUGUGAGAUUAUUUUCUGCAUAUGCAUCCUUCUUUCGACGCCAAACUCACUGCUGGUGUGCGUGGCAAAAGAGCUCUAUUUUCAUGUCAUCUGACCAUAGCACCAGUGCCAAUGCCGUUUAGCAAACUCCAGGCGUUUACAUUUGUUGGUUGCUCUCAAUAAAGGCUUUUUUUCUGGCAACCCUUCCAAAGAGCUUAUUGGCAUGGAAGUGGCGUCUAAUUGUAGAUUUGGGGAUUUGGGUGACACGAAGAUGUGACCAAGUUCUGUAAUUCUCCAACUUUGGCCCUUUGGAUUUUUCUUUGCCUCUUGAACCAUCUUCCUCACUGUGCGUGGGGACAAGAUCCACUUGUAUUUUGCCAUAACAGAAUGGUUUAAUCAUAAUGAAAGAGAAACACACGCACACUGUGCUGCCAGUCACAGUGUAGGGCGCAGGGUGCAACUGAAAUUUUGCGGGCGAGAGAGGAUGAAGGAAGCUUGCCUUGAAGCACUGGGCAUCUUGUUAUGCUAGCUAACGAGCUUGUGUGUGUUCAGAGCAGCACUAUAAUGAAUUAAAACACAUAUUUUUGUAAUUAAUAAAUCCAAUGUGAUACGUGAUAACUAUAGUAACCUUAACUAGCAUUGAAAAGUUUUCAUUUUUCUGAAUCAUGCUUGUAACGUCCUCAGUAGGCUGCAGUAACCUAUGCUUCAGCGGGGAGGUGCAGGUAGCCUACGCACGCCACUGGCAAAGAUUUCCAGCUGGCAAACUCACCACAGAUGCCGGAAUACAUUUCUGAGUGACAGAGUGAGGGCUUUGCAUAGGCGCUUUGUUGCCCAGAACAUAAAAUAACAUUAUUAACUGGUUAUUUUCCGGUUUUAGUUUCUGUUCCCUGAACCGGUUCCAACCUUUGAUUUCCACACUAUGAGUUUGGAAUAAUACAGCAAAAUUGUGAAACUGAUAAUACGCUUUUAGUGUUUGAAUAGAGUGCCUGAAAUGUCAGCCUCUUUUGGUGGGAUGGUGGUUUGGCCUGCCUGGUGACAGGCGGUAAAUUAGUUAAUAGACCAAUAAGACAGAGUUUCAAACCUCUCUGCCAAUAACAGCUAGUUUAGAAUUUCCCCUCCCCACUCAGACCACUCCCAGACAGUCCUAGCAAUUUUUGGUGUAUUUUUAAUUAAAAACAAUCACAGUAAGGUACUUAAUUGUUACCCAGAAAUAAUUUUAUAUAGAAAAAAAUGGCUGCAUUGGACCUUUUUUAAAGCUGAGAUUAACUUAAAAAAGCAGAAAAUUAAUGCAGAUUUUAUUUUGUUUGAUUUUAUUUAUAAGAAUCUUUAGGGGUGCCAAUUAUUGACACCUAUCAUUUUGAGAGAGAAAAAACUAUUACAAAAUCUCUUUCUCUGAGCAAUUGUAUUAGUAUAAAAUAUAAAUUGAUGUAGGCAAAAGUCUGACUUACUGUACUAUAUGUUUGUAUAUCUCACGCUCCUAUUUGUGUCUCUACUAUGCCCUCAUACUCCCCUGUGUAUGUUUUUUCUAUCUCUCUCAGUAACGAGUGAUCAUGGAGAGCUUCUCUCCGCUGGUCCUGGCCAUUACUGCCACCAGCUUUGUGACGUUCCAGUGUCUGUUCCACUUUGUCAGCCCCUGGAUCUCUGCUCGGUUCUUUCCUGGGUACCAACGUCUUAGCCCCAGACACACCAUAGAGUGGAACUCCAGGUACAGCAUCUGAUCAGGAGACUGAGAAGUGAUAUGAUUAUUCAAUCAAAGCUCCUAUCAGAAGACAUAUUGUAUUAUAAUUUUCCCAGUUAAAGCAUAUUUCUGAGCGUAGACACUUUCAAAUAUCGUUGUUGAGAAUUGUCCAUUGCGUGGAAUCCCACUGCUGCCUCCAAAUGUUUAGUUUAAGGAAGUAUGCUUUUAUGAGUAUUUGUGUCUGUUUUUUGUGUUAUUUUUCUAGAACUGUGUCUACAUUACACGCCUUGAUAGUGGGGCUUUUUUGUCUCUACAUAUUACUACAUGAUGAUGCAGUCAAUGAUGACCCUGUCUGGUAAGAAUCUCCCUGAUUACUAAGUGCUAAGUGUGCAAUCCUUGGUAGAAUAGUCAUAUUUGGUAUAUUUGACACCAUGCUUUCUUAUCAUAUUUCCUAUAAUUUCAACAUGUGCUUUCUGCCAUCUUGCCAAUAGGGGAGAUCCGUCACUGGUGAAAAUAAAUGUGGCCAUAACCUGUGGCUACCUCCUAUCAGGUGGGUCUCCACUUCAGUCAUGUCUAACCCUUGUAUUACUUUGCAUAUUUCCAUGGAUUAUGUUGACCCAUACAGUGAGCUAUCUCCCUUGUCUGUCUUGCAGAUAUGCUGCUCAUAUGUUACUAUUGGCGGGCGAUAGGGGACACGUUUUUUGUAAUCCACCACCUGGCAGCACUGUAUGCUUACUACUAUGUACUGGUGAGUUCCCUACUGAUCCAGAGCAGAAUGUGCAGGCAAGAUGGGGAAGGGACAUGGGCCAAGGGUGAACACCCAUGUAGUUUGAUGGGAUGGGUUAGAAUGGAUAACAAAGGUCUGGUCAGUGAUGAAAUAGUUGGGUUCCACUUUACAGUCAGUAUCCCUAAUAUCUUUAUAUUUGGAACACUUUGCUUGACAGUGUUGUUGUUACUGUGUAAUUGACCUAUAAGUACAUUGCUACAAGUGUUGUUAUUACUGAGUUUUAAUCAUUGCAAAAUGUGUUUUACUGUACUUACGAGAGUAUUACCCAGAAAUAGAACACUGUAAAGUGUUUCCCUCCCCUCUUUUUGGAAGGUACAGUGUAAGUAAGCGCAUACAGUUGAAGUCGGAAGUUUACAUACAACCUUAGCCAAAUACAUUUAAACUCAGUUUUUCACAAUUCCUGACAUUUUAUCCUAGUAAAAAUGUCCUGUCUUAGGUCAGUUAGGAUCACCACUUUAUUUUAAGAAUGUGAAAUGUCAGGAUAAUGGUAGAGAUUUAUUUAAGCUUUUAUUUAUUUCAUCACAUUCCCAGUGGGUCAGACGUUUACAUACACUCAAUUAGUAUUUGGUAGCAUUGCCUUUUAAAUUGUUUAACUUGGGUCAAAUGUUUCAGGUAGCCUUCCACAAGCUUCCCACAAUAAGUAGGCCUCCUUGCUCGCACACGCUUUUUCAGUUCUGCCCACAAAUGUUCUAUAGGAUUGAGGUCAGGGCUUUGUGAUGGCCACUCCAAUACCUUGACUUUGUUGUCCUUAAGCCAUUUUGUCACAACUUUGGAAGUAUGCUUGGGGUCAUUGGCCAUUUGGAAGACCCAUUUGCGACCAAGCUUUAACUUCCUGACUGAUGUCUUGAGAUGUUGCUUCAAUAUAUCCACAUAAUUUUCCUUCCUCACAAUGCCAUCUAUUUUGUGAAGUGCACCAGUCCCUCCUGCAGCAAAGCACCCCCACAGCAUGAUGCUGCCACCCCUUGCUUCACGGUUGGGAUGGUGUUCUUCGGCUUGCAAGUUACCCCCUUUUUCCUGCAAACAUAACGAUGGUCAUUAUGGCCAAACAGUUCUAUUUUUGUUUCAUCAGACCAGAGGACAUUUCUCCAAAAAGUACAAUCUUUGUCCCCAUGUGCAGUUGCUAACCAUAGUCUGGCUUUUUUACGGAGGUUUUGGAGCAGUGGCUGCUUCCUUGCUGAGCGGCCUUUCAGGUUAUGUCGAUAUAGGACUGUUCACUCUUGGUCCUGUCCUGUGUAGGUGUUCUGGGCCAUCAGGUUCAGUGGCUGCUAAGACUAACGAUGAUGAUGACAAUGGGGACCAUUUUUUGCAUGGAUUGUGAUGACGGGUUUCCAGGACACAUAUUCAGCCUAGUCCUGGACUAGAAAACAUGCUCAAUGGGGAAUUGCCAUUGAAAGUGCUUUUUAGUCCCAGACUAGGCUUAAUCUGUGUCCAGGAAACCGUCCUGUAGAUUUUCUGUCCAUACUGCAUGAAGCUUUCCCUUAAUUCCCUCAGUCUGUAAUGAUGGUGAUUGGUGCAUGCUGCCUUUUUUGCUUGUUUAGACCUUUUAACUCUACAACCCUAUACAACUACACAAAGAAAGGGACCUCCUCUCCUAUAUUUCCAAAUCACCACUGACUUAUUUUGGUAAACUGUACUGGCUAAUUCCCGGUCCCUUUUUUGGGUAAUGUUAGAAUGGAUUGUAAAGUAAAGGUUAUGAAAAUGAUCAUUACAUUAACUUAUCCGUCAUCCACAUUGGUAGUCCAUACAUCUUUUAUUUUCUCUAGAAUGUUUGUUCACUUUUUCAAUGUUGGGAUGUUUUUUUCAUUUUAUUGUGCCAGUUUUCACUAGUUGCACUUCUGUUUUGUUUAGGUAUGUAUUUUUUUUCUAUGUCUCUCCUCCACUAACAUGUGUGAUCAAUGAACCUAGUCUCGUGUCUCUAACAUGCUAACUAUACAGUACAUGCAAAAAAUGUCCUAAACAAAGAACAGGCCUGUGUCAAUUGGUUAGGUACAGAAGGGGCCCUUCCUAUCUUGUCUGUAGUGGAUUCUGUUGUGGUACAUUGAGCACAUGUUGCCUAGUAACAGUAUGGACUUACCAGUACAUAGAGGUAUGAGCAUGCACUGCUGGAAUGUUCACCACCACAUUUUGAAAAUGUCUGUGACCCAAGUUAAUUAACUGUGUCAUAACCCCAGUAAGUGCACCUCGAUUUUUCCUUUUUAGAGAUCGUACGGUAAGUUUACGAUCAUGAUUUAUCCUGAACUCAUAUUAUUGAGAGUACUUCUCUUGCCAUUAUUUUCUUUGCACUUUGUUUUGUCUCUUUCUCUUUUAGAGCAUAGGAAUGUUGCCUUAUUUUGCUAACUUCCGUCUGGUCGCAGAGCUUUCGACUCCUUGUGUGAAUCAGCGGUAGGUAACUUCUAUGCCAAAUAGACUCAUGAACGUGUGCAAACUUGCACACACACACACACAACGUUAACUGGGAAGUAGAGGGAACCUUUUAAAGUAACCAUUUACUGCCCUGAAUGUAUUUGCAGAGGGGCUUUUGUCGUUGGUCGUUUAACCAUUUCAGAAACAGUAUUGACCGUUAAUGUUUAACUACUUAUAGUAAGUCAGACCAGACACACCCAGCUAAAAGCUUGUAUCUGACAGCAUUAUUAGAGACCCAUGUUUCAUACUUAAAUACAUUUUGAGUCACAUACAUUUCCAAUUGUAUAUUAUCCUGAUUUGAAUCCAACAAAGACAAAAUACAGAUGCACUGUUAAAGAAUUGUACUUAAAAUCUUUCAAGUGCUGGGUAUAUAUAGUGCCUUCAGAAAGUAUUCACACCCUUGACUUUUUCCACAUUUUGUUGUUACAGCUUGAAUUAAAAAUGGAUUAAUACAACAAAUCGCACAUCUACACACAAUACCCCAUAAUGACUAAGUGAAAACAUGUUUUUAGAAAUGUUUGCACAUUUAUUGAAAUUGAAAUACAGAUCUCAUUUACAUAAGUAUUCACAAUAAUGUCUAAACAUGUUUUCUCUUUGUCGUUAUGGGGUAUUGUGUGAAGAUGGGUGAGGGGGACAAAAUCUAUUUAAUCCAUGUUGAAUUCAGGCUGUAACACAACAAAAUGUGGAGUAAGUCAAGACGUAGUCCAAUGACUUUUACGAUGUCCCCUCCAUGGUGGGGGAUUGUAGUGAAGUGUAGGGGUACACAAUUUACCUAGGGCUGGUCAUGUGAUACAAGGGACUCUUUCUGAAGGCACUGUAUAUGUGUAAUGUAGGUGACCUUCUGGAACAAUGCCAGUUGAUAUCCAUGACUCCAUUACAAAGUGAGUGAAUCUUCAACUCUUAUCUCACUCUGUCACAUCCAUAACUGUACUAACUGUAUCUAUCUUUCAGCUGGUUCUUUGAAGUGCUUGGUUACCCAAAAAGAUCAUUACCAAAUAUGGUCAACGGCAUUGCCAUGACGGCAUCCUUCUUCCUGGUGAGGAUAGCGGUCAUGCCACUGUACUACAGCCGGAUGUAUGCCGUGUACGGGACGGAACCCUUCUACCGGGUGACUUUUGGUGGCCGCUGUGCCUGGAUGGGCCCCAGUUUCUGUCUAGACAUUAUGAAUGUCAUGUGGAUGCAUAAAAUGGCCCGCGGCUGCAUUGGUGUCCUGCGCUCUCCUGGAAAAGUGAAAGUGGAAAAGAUGCAGAAUGGGAAAGUGCACUGAGGGAUAGAAAAAGGCAAUGAUGGUAUUAUUUUAUUAUAUGUCUGCUUCAAAUGGUUCAUGGACAUUUUUGGAUCAAAUGGUUCAUGGACUGGAAAUGUCUUGAGAGUCCCUAGUAUCUCUUGACCAGCCCUAGGUAAAUUGUGUACCACUACACUUAUUUGCCCAGAAGACUUACAAUUAAACAAGCACGAAAGUCCUCCACCAUGAUGGGAGGGGACAUCGUAAAAGCCAUUGGACUACUUCUCCUCUUGGUCAUUACAGAUAGAGAGUAAGUGAAUGGACUGUGUGGCAUCAUGGAUGGAAACAGACAGACAAAUACUAUUUUCUGCUGGACCCUUUGUUUGUAAAUUGUUGAUGUCCACCAAAAGGUAUUGUGCGUAUUGCCAAAAUGAUAUGAACUGACAUUGAAGAGAAUGGAAAAGGAGCUCACAUAUUUUUGUAAUGUUUAUGAAGCUGUAAAGAUGGCUCUUGCACAAAUAUCAUGAGAUAUAUGUACAAAAAUAACAUAAUUACUAAUUAAAUCUGUGUUUUCACCAGCAUUAGGAUGUAAAAAAUGUAUAUUGAUAGACUCCUACUGAAGUCUCUCUGCUCAGGAGCCUGCUCAUGUUUGGAACAUACAGUAGGCCUAGGAAUUAUUAGUUGUGCAUAUAUUAUCAGGGUAGAUUAAGACAAAACACAGCAAACAUGCCAGAAUGUGUCAUUUUAUCUCUAGAAGGGACCUUACUGAGUGAUGUAUGAUAACAGCCAUAAAAGUGCACUUAUGUCUAACCGACACACACAGUACAACUUCACUCAAGCAGCUUCACACAGUUAACAAAUGACUGAUCAUACUUCACUGUCAAUGUUGAAACAGAGCUUCAUAAUGUAAUGUGAAAAAUGAAUGAUGGUUUCCUGUUGGAUUUCUGGACGAGAAUAUAAUGCUAUUUAUUGUGACAUUUACAGCUAUGGUAAUUUUAAUAUUUCAUUUAAAAAAUGAAUUCUAAUAAUGUAGUCUUCUUUGAGUGAGUGAUUUAUGAACUAAAUGUCCAUACCUGCUUUAAAAGUCUUCAGACCGUUGUCAGAAGACAACACUUGGAUAUGCUGCUCUCUUGUGGAGACAAAGCAGGACUGCAAACAUUGUAUUUCCAUUUUAUCAAGACGAGACAUACUCAAAGAGAGGGUACAUUUUACAUUUUAGUCAUUUAGCAGACGCUCUUAUCCAGAGCGACUUACAGUU